AUGCAGAAUCGUGUUAUUUUCCAAAUUUUACUCCUUUGUAUAGUUGGAAUUUAUUUAGCGACAUCAGCGGAAAUUAGACAACAGCACAAAUAUAAAAGAGCAACUACAAAUUCAACCAAUUCAACCCUUAAACAAAGAAGAAAGGCAACUACCCCUAAACCAGGAUUCUUUAGAACUCUAUUUUCAGUUGUUUACGAACAAUACCAAGAUACUAGAGAUACGAUUGGAACAGUAAACAAACUCGUCAACGACAACUUCUUGCCGGAAAAUGGAUCCGCGGACACGACAACGCCAGUUCCCGGAUCCAACUCCACAACGACAGAAGAUACCAGGAUAAGUAGAGCGGAGUUCAAUAAAAUUAUUCUCAGGAAUUUAAGAGGUUUGCGGAAUUUGUUCCAGGUCGAAUUGAAGCAAUCGCUUAAGCAAUCUGAGACAAACUACAAUGAAUUCAGGAAAAACGUCACCAAGGAGAUCGGAAAAUUCCUUUAG